AUGCUUUAUCAGUGCAGUCGGCCCGCAGUCUCAUCUCUCUUCUUCCUGUUGUUCAACACAGAAUCUGGUACUGAUGCUGUAACUACAGUAACUGGAUACAGAGGACGAUCUGUUCAGAUUAAAUGUCCCUACACAUCUGGAUAUGAAAAGAACAACAAGUUUCUCUGCAGAGGUAAAUGUCCCUAUGUUGGGUAUAGAGACGUUCCUGUUCAGUCUGGAUCUCCUGCUAAAGACUCCAGAUUCUCUCUGUAUGACGACACAACAGCCAAAGUCUUCACCGUCACCAUCACUGAUCUGAGACCAGAGGAUAAAGGAACUUACUGGUGUGGAAUAGAUCAGACAGGGUAUGAUAUUUACACAGAGAUUCUACUGCUGGUUAAAACAGAUAAUCUCACCAGCAGUACUGUCUCACACACCACACGAUUUCCAACAUCCAUUCUGAUCAUUACUGUGUCUGUGGUUCUGGUGCUGAUUCUCUUUGCUCUUAUAUUGACUGUCACACUACAGAGAAAGAAGAAGACUGGAGGCUCUGAAACAGUGAUCGAAUCUCCCAAAGAGACAAAUGAAGAUUAUGAAAAUGACCAAAAUGUCCUUCCUGUUAAAGAAAAAGAAAAUGUCACUUCAUCAGUAUCUGUCUACCAGAGUCUGAACCCAACUACCAACCAAUCAGAUUCAGUCUACCAGACUCUGACUGUUUCUAGCAACAACUGA